GUAUUUGUUUAUGUACAAAUGUCUGCUAGAAAUUAUGUCACUCAUUCUAAGUAGUGAGGUGUUCUUUUCUUUUGUUUUUUUUUUUGGUAAGAAGAGAUGAAGCUAUCUUUUUGGAGGCUGUUUUUUGAGACUUUUUUUUUUUUUGAAGUGUGAUAUGUUUUUUUGUUGAUGGGAGCUACAGUUGAAAUUCCUAUCAUAUUUGUUUUUGAUUGAAAGGGAGACUGGGGAGGGAUAAGCCCACAGCAAUCACCAAAUUUACUAAAACUUCAUAACUAUAUGACUCCUUGUGUGACUGAAGCAAUUCACUGCUUCUCAACUCUGUUAGCACCCAAUAGUGUAUAAAAGUAGGUUGCUAUGACAACAAAGUCAGAGAUGAAGUCAUGUAACAUGGAGUCCAGGCUGUCCAGCUAGCAUUGCUUUUUCUUUGGUUAACAGACAAGGGUUUCUUUUAGGUGACCUAGCAAUUAAAACACUUUGUGUUCACUCCAAGUUUAUCUGUGUCCUUUUUAGGGAACCUUCCUUGUAAAAUGACUUGGAUUGGAGGAAGCCCUUCAGACCCUUUUUGGGAUCUCUCUCUACCUGCUAGUUUUUAUGUCUUUACUUCUGAUGUGAUGACCAAUGGGAGAUCUCUCCUUCAGGCGCCUAAGCCUGCAAUAAACUGUGGAGCAGCGUGUGAGGUCCGGUGCAGCAAGUCAUGGAAGCCAAAGAUGUGCAAGAAGAUGUGUGGUGUUUGCUGCAACAAGUGCAGCUGCGUUCCUCCUGGUACUUCUGCGGAGACUCGUGCCAUGUGCCCUUGCUAUGCCAACAUGAGGAAUCCUAAAGGCCAGCUCAAGUGUCCUUAGAUGCCAUUCCUCUCGUCUCCAUGAAAUUUUAAGUUUAUUUGGCUGUUAAAAAUUGGAUAUGAACAAAUAAUAGUUCGAGUGGAGAUUGAAGUUGUGAAUCUUGGGGAUGACCAAGAUCAGAGUUUGCCUUGAGAGUAUUUGUACCGGAUGUUGGCAACUAGGCAAUCUUCCAAAUAAAAUAUGUUUAAUUUCUUUUAAUUA